GGGCACACUCUACGGCAAGGGCAUUUACUUCGCGGAGUGCGUGACGAAGGCAGAUGAGUACAGCGAGGAGGAUGCCGAUGGCUACUGCUGGAUGCUCCUUUGCCGAGCAGCUCUGGGCAAGGUCAUGACCUGCAAGGACAAGAAGCCAGCGGCAGACAUUCUUGAUCAGUGCAAGGCCGGCAGCUAUGACUCUCUGAUUGGAGAUCGCUGGGCGGCCGUUGGCACGUUCCGUGAAUUCAUCCUCUACGACUCGGAUCAGGUCUAUCCAGCCUUCAUCCUUCGAUACAAACGGUGGAGUGAGGCCGCCUUCUGCCGGAGCAUCCGAGAGACAGCCGAGAGCGGCGACUCGCAAGCCGGUGACCUCUACCCGCACGCAGCAAUUCUGGCUGAAGAGCAUCCGGAUUCGACCGUGAGGUAUCGGUUGUCACUGCUCAUGGAUGCGCACGCCGAGAACGUGGUGCCUGUUCUGAGCGAGGCGUUGAAGGAUCCCCGGCGACGCGUACGUCUCAAUGCGACGAAGGCCUUGAUGAAUAUGGCUGGCCAAACCAGCUCGGUGGAAGCUUUGCCUGAUGGCUCUCGUUACCGACGCCACCGCGAAGGGAUCCACGUGGUGGUGAGUGCGGUUCCCGCGUUGACGACGUGCCUUACAGACACCGACAGCUUCAUUCGACGAGCUGCUGCGCGUGCACUGGAGAGGCUGGGUGAGCACGCCGCCCCGGCCGUGCCUUCGCUAAUCGUGAGCCUUCGGGACCGUGAGGAGGAGGUGCGAGCUGCUGUCGCAACGGCACUCGGUCAGCUGGGUCGAGCUGCCGCUGAGGCUUUGCCGGCUUUGCUACAAGCGUCGUGUGACAAUGAGGAGCGAGUACGAGUAGCCGCCAUCUCCUCUUUGGGCUAUUUGGGCGUCAACUCCGCAGCAGUUCUGGAGGUGCUGACAGAUGCUUUGGAGGAUCCCAGUUCUGAGAUCAAGAGCGCAGCCGCUGCGGCGCUGGGCAUGUUGAGUGCAACAACUGCCACGGAUGCGCUGGCCGCCUGCUUGUCGGACAGCCAGAGCCAUGUUCGAGCAGCCGCGGCCAAAGCGAUAGGCCAGAUUGGCGGUAAGAGCGCUUCGACCGCCGUGCCAAAGCUGCUGGAGACCUUAAAAGAUCCGGAUCACGUCGUUCGGCGUUGCUCCGCCGUCUCGCUGGGGCGGAUUGGGACCUUCGCAGCUCCAGCUGCAGCGCAUUUGGCGGAUGCCAUGCGGGAUGCGCAUGCUCAGGUUCGAGAGGCUGCAGCAGUAUCCAUCAGCCGGCUGGGCGUCACGGAGAAGAUUGCACACAAUGUCUGCAUUCAGUGCCUGGUGAAGCGCGGCCUCACCGACACAUCCAGUGAUGUGAGGCAAGCUGCGGCGGAGUCACUCCUGGAUUUGGCCCGAACAGAGCAGCUGGGGGUCCAGCGAGCCUGUGUGCGGGAGGCCAUGACCACCCGCAUGAAAGACGACAAUGCAAAAGUGCGCGCCACUGCGUCGACUUGCCUUAACAUGCUCAACCUCCAAGAGGAUGCCAUGCAAAAGGCAAGGCAAAGGCAGCGGCAGAAGGAACCAGCGGAGGAUGACGACGAGAUCCUCCGGGAUGGCGUGCCCCGGCUUGGCCUUGAGUCUGGGAAAUGCCUUUGUGUCCCUUCAUCUGAGGCCCUGGAGCUGGAGGAUAUCGCUAGACUUGUGUGCCAGUCCCUUCCAGAAUGCGAGUUCUGGGUUUGGGGCCAGGAGGAGGGUGAGCAAAAGUGCUGGUUCAGACUCGGUGAUGACGGCCGUGAAGCCGGUGAAGGCUGGAUAAGUGGUGGCAGAGCGUGCCACCCGCCUGGGCAGCAGGCCAUCGUCAUGGGCAACGUGGAAUGCUGGAUAGAUGGAUUUAACUACGACACCUGCUGCGACCCCAAGUUUGGGCCAAGUGGCAACGCUCAAUGUUGGGACGGUGUCUUCAACUACGACAGAUGUUGCUUCCCGAAGGACGGGGCUUUAUUAUUCAUGCUCCCACAGCAAAGGCCAGCUAGAGCGGGAAUUUCUGGAAAUUGUGGAGCCUUCUUUAGUGGUGGCAUCAGGGCCUUGACGUUGCACGAACGGAUGCCCUGA